AUGGAGUCGAAGCCCGCGCCUGCCCAGGAGAAGCUGGGAGCCACGACGCGCGGCAGCUCAAGACCUACUGGAUGUGGCACCGGUAGGAGGGUCGUCCUUCCUAUGGGGUUGAAGAGGUCGUUGGAGCAGGCCCAGCCCUUGAUGGCAAAGAGGCUCAAGGUGGGGACAAGCUCCAAGGGCCUGGGUUCUCCCGAUCCUCGACCGCCUACUGGUGAUGAUAGGGCCCCUCCUCGUCUAGGGAGCCCCCAAGCACCCAAGUCAGGAGGGCUGGGUGACUCCAUCACUAUAAGUGAUGAGUCUAGGGACAGCCCGCACUCCACCGGCGCUCAUGUCGCGGACAAGGGGGCCGAGACGCCUAAAGUCGAGGGUCGGACUCCAUGGUCCAUCGGGCUCCACUCCAUCGAGGAGAAGAAGAAGAAGGACGAGGAGGAGCAGAGGAGGAGAGAAGAGGGAGGAAUGAAAGAGGAUAAGGAAGCACAACACCAUCUGCAGGGGCAGCGGCAGCAGGAGGCGCUGAUGCAACGGCAGCAGCGGCAGGAGCAACCGCAGCAGCAGCAAAGAGGCACGGGAGCCACCCAUCGGCAGCGAGAGCUACAGGAGGUUCAGCAACAACAGCAAGAGCGGCUGCGGCAGCUGGAGGGCUUGUUCGAGCAGCAACCGCAAGGUUCGCACGACCAGCAGCCGCAGCCGCCGCAAGGGCUCGAGACGGGGAAAGAGGAGCAGCCGCUAUAUGGCCCUGUGACUCCCGUGUGGCUCCGUCUUGGGGGGCCCACCACCAUUCCAGCCAAGCCGUGGCGGGAGGACGGCGUUGUGGCGCUGGCGUGUGCCAUGCGCAUGCCGGUGGAUCCCAGCUCGGCGAUUAAGGGCUCCCUCUAUGGUAUCGAGGGGAUCGCCCCGGGUUUCCUUGAGGGUCGACAGCCAUGGGAGGAUCUAAGUGCCGACGGGGCAGACGAGGCUGGGACCUCUGGCGGCGGUGAGGUGGACGAGACAGGGACCUGGACGUCCGUUGAUGACGACGGGCGAUUCCCCUCCCUUAUUGAUCUGUUUCUUCAUCAUGGGGGCUCGCUCGAGACGGUGCAAGAGCUCAUCCGGGCAUCAAGGCGCGUACGGAGGAGGAGAUGGAGCACUGGGGUCUUCGGAGGAUCCGCCUUCGAGCCUCUACUUCACCGGAUGAGCCCAAUAUCAUGA